CGGGACUCCCGUUCCAGAAAAUUUGGAAAUCUUGGCCUGGUUGGAGAAGCAGCUUCCUUCCCAAAAUACCAAGUCAGUGAAGGAGAAACCAAAACCAGUCAGCAGUAAGGGUCAUCCCUGGCCUUGAACUCAGAGAGGGUGACAAGUGACCCAGAGGCCUCUUAGCUGUAACUUUAAAGCCAAUAAUACACUGUGACCAAAGAUUUACCUGGAAGACAACUAUCAACAGAUAAUAGAAUAUCAGCAUAAGGCAGCAGCCUCCAGAAAGCAUGAAGCGUGGGAAGCUCUGGGAUGCCCUGCCAGAUACAAGAAGCACUCUGAAAAACCACCAAAGAACCCAUGAAUGCUCAGAGUGUGGGAAAUACUUCACUAGCAGGUCCCUCCUUUUGACCCACAGGAAGGUCCAUGCGGGAAGUGAAUCCAGUCAAGAUCUUGAGGCUGACAAGUCCUUCCCUGGCAAAGACACCAAAGAUCUCAGAAGCCCCCCCACGUUAAAACCCUAUAAAUGUGUAAAAUGUGACUUUUCCUUUGGUCAAAAGUCAGGCCUUCUUAGACAUCAGAAAAUCCACCCUGGAGAGAAACCUUACAAAUGUCUGGAAUGUGGGAAAUAUUUCCGUGAAAAAGCCACUCUCCGAGACCACGAGAGGAUUCACACAGGGGAAAAACCUUACAAGUGUUGGGAAUGUGGGAAGAGCUUUUCUUGGAAGUCAGGUCUUCGUAGCCAUGAGAAAUUUCACACAGGAAUCAAACCUUACAAAUGCUUUGAGUGCGGAAAAUGUUUCACCGAGAGUUCGGGUCUUCGGUGUCACUGGAAAACACACAGAGGGGAGAAAAACGAAAAGUGCCUCGAAUGUGGAAAAUGUUUUGCCCACAAAUCACAUCUGAUGCGACAUCAGAGACUCCACACUGGAGAGAGACCCUAUGAAUGCCCAGAAUGUGAGAAGCGAUUUGUGGAUUCUUCUGAACUACGGAGUCACCAGAAGAGGCACAAAGGGGAGAAACCCUAUCAGUGUGGGGAGUGUGGGAAAAGUUUUAUUUCAUCAGGAGGGUUUCAGAUUCAUCAGAGAACCCACACUGGGGAGAAACCCUACAAAUGUGAGGAGUGUGGAAAAUGCUUUUCCCAAAAAUUCUACCUCACAGCACAUGAGAGACUCCACACUGGAGAGAAGCCCUACAGCUGCGUAGAAUGUGGAAAAUGUUUUGGAAAUAGGAGCAACCUUGGAAGGCAUCAGAAAAUCCACACGGGGGAGAAGCCCUACAGAUGCGUAGAAUGUGGAAAAUAUUUUGGACUGAAGGCAGAUCUUUGGAGACAUCAUAAAACCCACACAGGGGAGAAGCCAUAUCAGUGCAAUGAAUGUGGAAAAUUUUAUCGUACCUCUUCAGCCCUUGGAAGUCAUGUGAAAAUCCACACGGGGGAAAAAAAUUACAAAUGUUUGGAAUGUGGGAGGACGUUUGCUGAUUCUUCUUCCCUUAGAAGGCACAGCCGAAUCCAUACAGGAGAGAAACCUCACAAAU